AUGGCGCAAUUCCUUGAUCUUCCAACGGAAGUCAUAGACAAGAUCCUUUCGACAAAAUACCUGUCAAGAUCAGAUAUUGCGAGUGCCAUCCUUGUCUGCAAGCUUUUCAGUACUAUUCUUGUCCCGAGGCUAUAUCGACAAAUUGAUUUCAAGAUGUCAGCUCCUAAUGAAGAUGACUACGACUGGGUCAACGGCAACUUCAUCUCGCGACUUUCAGGCGAAUCCGGAAAUCCUGAACACAAGAGUGAGGAUGCAACACGCAAGUUAUUUGAGACUCUCGCUACGCGUGAAGACCUUGCGCACUUCGUCACUGACUUACGCUUGGAUUCUGAUGACCGCGGGAGCUGGGAUGUUAGCCUUGAGGAAAGUUUUGAGAGUAAGUGUUUUGGACCUGACCGCAUUGACCCUACUAAGGUCGUCGAACGCCUUCACAACUUGAAAAUAUUGGAUGUUGACUAUCUCUGGGCUUCCAUUCUCCUCUGGAAGAUCUGUUUGCCGCAACUUGAGUCGGCAAUUAUUCGGAUGAAAGGGUACGCCCCUGUUGAUGCUAUCGGUGGCCUAAUGAAUCUGCCGAAGCUCAAAGAAAUAACCAUUCGAAAUGCCGGACGAAUGGACGACGGCCCUCCCGAGGAGGGGUAUUGUUCUAACGUGUCUCAUAUCACGCUGACGACACCAUGGAACGGGGUUGAAUAUCUGCGGUUUCUACUUGAGGGCUCGAAACAUCCAAAGUCUCUAAAGUUGUUGCGAGAUUCGGUCAUAUGUGAGUCCACCGAGACCCAAGGUGCAACGGGCAGGCAAGAAUAUGUAAUAGUUUUUCCAAACCCGGACAGCCUCAAUCUUGGCAAUAUCCUCAAUACCGUUGCGCACUCCCUUGAAGUUCUAGUGCUGAGAGACUUGGAUCAAUGGUGUGAUGCCCGGCAGAACGUCGUUGAUAUCCCAGUGUUGAUUGAUCGAUCGCGCAUCAAGUCGCUGCAGCACUUCCAAAGCUUGAAGCAGUUGAAAAUUGGCGCAACGAUGGUCUUGGGAACUCGGGUGUGCCGUCAGCUCCAAAUGCUAACCCCUUAUGCACAUGACACCGAACUCUACUGUGAACGCCUUGCGGAGUGUAUGCCGCCAAAGCUUGAAGUUCUGCACCUGGUGGUUACCCGAGAGCAGUUGGAUCGGGACGAGAAAUACUGUCAAAAGAUCGUUCAAUCUUUUGUCAACUUCAGAGCCAAUCUUCCUGACCUGAAGUCAUUUGUCAUUGAAGAAGCACAGCCAAAGUACCAGCCACUUUGCAAGUGUACUGCGGAACUUGCUUGCUAUGCGGCAGCGAAGCCAUCAACGCCGUUAACAGACAUCUGGGAAAUGCAACGUCAGUGUUUGGAGGUGGACAUUGACUUGGUGUACAUCUCACAAUUGCAGCAACAGAAUGACCUUCCACUGUACAUUAUCAGACGAGUUGACUCUGACAAAACGGUGCGAUCGCUGGAAAGUGAAGAUUUUUGGCAAACGCUCCCAGACUGGGGAACAAUUGGCCCAGAUUCUUUUUUGAGCAGAUGCAGACCGUAUGAUUGGAUUCGUAGCGGUUAUUUGCGCGACGUGGAUUGA